GUUCUUUCCACAAUCUGUGGUUCUUUCGUUCGCUGUCGGUGCAGUCACAGAACACUUAUUCUGGUGCAGUGUCAACCAGUGUAAAUUACACCAGUUACACCACCUUUAUUUAUCUAGUUUAUUCCCUCCUUAUUACUGAUACACAUGUUGAGUGUAAUUCGCUCCUGAUAGCUGGUGGAAAAAAUAUCCACCAUCGCCGACAAGUAGGUUUAGUGGAUUUUACACCGGGCCGAACGAAAGACGAAAGGUAUGGUGUGCGUUGGUUUAGUUUAUUCCUACACCACCAAAGAACCUAUGAUCAUGAUACAGGAACCGGCAGACCAAACGCAAUGUAAUUGGCCUUUUAUGUGUCAAGUCCACAGGUCCAGUCCUGUCAUAACUGUCAAAAAUCAAAAAUUCUGUAAAAGAAGAGGAGGUAUUUAAUGUUGUGGGUGUACGUUUGGAAGAUUUGAUUUUUAUAAUUAUAAUUAAUGAAGAAACAUUUAAAUAUUAUUUGCCAAAUGGAAGAAUUUGAGUGGAAUGUUGUUUACGAAGGUCAAUUAUUAGAUGCAAUGGUAGGACACAAACCCGUGGGUAUAAACAAAUAUUUCCAAAUGGCAUUUAUAUGUGAUAAGUUCACAGAUAAUAUUCAUAAAGAUAUAGAUUCACAAAAAAUUUGGGCCCACUUAGAAACCAUGUACAAUCUUGAAGCACUGGAUGAAUGUGAAUCUAUUCCAUUUCCAAAUAACGAAACCGAAUUCAAUUUGCCAGAAUCCGAAUUUGGUACUUUGAUAAUCAAGAAGGAAGAAGAGAAAAAAAUACAGCAAAUUAAAGGGUCAACUGACCCACCAAAAGUUAUAAAGGAGAUUAAGAAAGAAGAAAAAACUCCUGUAAAGAAUCAGAAGGAAAGAAGAGAUAGUAAAGAAGGAAAGGAUAAUAACAAAACUCCUAUUGCUAAGAAAGAAAUUAAAAAAGAAUCAGAAAAAGUCAAAUCAAUUACUAAAGGUAGAAAUUCUGUUUCUUCUUCAAAUAAUGACACCAAGGGAGGUAAAACCAAAUUUGAGGAAACUCCCAAACCUGCUAAGAGACCUACUAGAGGAAGUUUAAAAUCUAAUGAUGAUUCUGGUUCUAGUGGAAAAUCUAGUCCAGUAACAGUUACACCAGCUACAGCCAAGAGGAGACGCAUUUGAAGAUAUAUAUAUGAAAUUGUAUCAAUAUUUUAUUGGAAAGUUUAGCUAUCUCAUAUUUGUUUUAGAAAGUAAUUUAUAUAAUAAACCAAAGUGGAAUACAGGG